GACAGCGAAGUAGCCCAUGUUGUAGACACGCAGUUUUGAUUAUAGACUUUAAAAUGUCUAUAUUUCACGACGAAGUAGAAAUAGAAGAUUUUGAAUAUGACGAGGAAACGGAGACAUACUAUUUUCCCUGCCCUUGUGGAGACAGAUUCGCCAUAACCAAAGAGGACUUGGAGAAUGGUGAAGAAGUAGCCACCUGCCCGAGCUGUUCACUAAUUGUGAAAGUGAUUUAUGACAAGGAUCAAUUCAUGUGUGGAGAAAUAAUUGAAGCACUGGCGACAGAAGUGGAGCUCUUGAAGACCUGACUGGAAGCCCCCACAAAACAGCAAGACCGCUGUCUUGUGACAGCUUUGCACACUGUGACUCAAUCAAGCAACGCUACAAAAAAUUAAAUGAGCUCAUUCUGCUCUCCUGGACAUCAAGAAGGAAUUGCUCAUCCCUGCAGAGGUGUUCCUGAGCGAAUUUAGUUUUUCAGGUUUUUUAAGUGCUAUUUAUUAAAUAUCAUUUUUAUUAUUCUA